UACGAAAAUAAAUUUUUGUCAUACUGAGACACAUUCCCGCAAAUUUCAAAUUUCGUCAAGGCAGUGAUUGGAAGAGCUCUGUUGCAGUGAAUAAAGAAAAUUACUAGCCACUAGCCACAUUCAACAUGGAUGAUUAUACUAAAAUUGAAAAGAUUGGAGAGGGUACAUAUGGUGUAGUGUAUAAAGGAAGACAUAAGAAGACUAGUAGACUUGUAGCAUUGAAGAAAAUUCGACUAGAGAGUGAGGAAGAAGGGGUACCCUCGACAGCUAUCAGAGAAAUAUCUUUAUUAAAGGAGCUACAUCAUCCUAAUAUAGUUUGUUUAGAAGAUGUGUUGAUGCAAGAGAAUAAAUUAUACUUAGUAUUUGAGUUUUUAUCAAUGGAUUUAAAACGGUAUAUGGACACAAUUCCUAAUGGACAGUUUGUAGAUAAAAUGUUGGUCAAGAGUUAUACAUAUCAGAUUUUACAAGGUAUAUUAUUUUGUCAUCAAAGACGUGUCCUACAUCGUGAUCUGAAACCCCAGAAUUUACUCAUAGACAAUAAAGGUGUAAUAAAACUGGCUGAUUUUGGUUUGGCCCGUGCUUUCGGUAUUCCUGUAAGAGUAUAUACACAUGAGGUUGUGACACUGUGGUAUAGAGCACCAGAGAUCCUGCUAGGCUCCCCUCGUUAUUCCACACCAGUAGAUAUGUGGAGUAUAGGCUGUAUAUUCGCUGAGAUGGUGACCAAACGCCCUCUCUUUCAUGGUGACUCAGAAAUUGAUCAGUUAUUUAGAGUCUUCAGAACAUUAACAACCCCUACAGAUGAGACCUGGCCAGGAGUAACUGCUUUACCCGAUUAUAAAAAUAACUUUCCUAAAUGGAAAACUAAUCAACUGGCUAGCUCUGUUAAACAGUUAGAUAAUGUUGGAUUAGACUUGUUACUGAGAACAUUAGAGUAUGAUCCUGCUAAGAGAAUUUCAGCAAAAGAAGCCUUAAACCACUCAUAUUUCCAAGAUCUUGACACCAUGGCUCUACCAGCUUCACAACAUAUUGCCUAAUUAUAAGACAACCUCAUACAGAAGAUCACCGAAGGCUUUGGAUAUUUAUCCCAACAAUAUGGUUCAUAAAUCUUUUAAGCCUUUUAGCAGACUACUGCAAAUUCAGAAAGUAACUUCAAAAUAAUUUGAUGAGAUCACUCAGGUUUAGUUGAAAUGAAUUUGAUAGUUAUAUAACAAACCUCAAGAGUAUUGCAUUAAGUCAUUUUCUAGUUGGGACAGUUUAGUGGGACCAAAUAAUACAUUCACUUACAUCGUUUGAAGUCAAACAAACACAUACAAAUAAUUCUGGAAAAUCUGUCUCCCUCCUGGCAGCGUAUAUUCUCGAAAUGAUCUUAGUGCUAGGUUGUCCUAGGUUCUUAUCUUACAUUGAUUCUAGGACAUCCUAGCGCUAAGAUCGUUUCGAGAAUACAAGGCCUAAUCUUGCAAAAUUAGUUUCACUGAUUCCACAUCUUAUUAUGAAGCCUUCUUACCUGCUAGGGAAGUAAGAACAACUGCUAGUUAUGAACGUAACAUUAAGUGAGUGCUUGUAUAGAUGAAAAUAUAAAUGAAUACAAAAUAUAUGUUCAUCAUUAUUGUACUUUAUAAUUUGAUAGUGCUAAUAAUCAAUCAAUUAUUUUGUGAUAUUAAGAGUAAAUUAAGCUGAUAAAAAUGAAAAUCAUAGCUAAAAAGUGUAGCAAUCUACAUUAAAACGUUUUUAGACAUCAAAGAUUCUGUUCAUCGGAUUCAGAAUAUGAAACAGAACCAGUCAAUUUUAUUUAUUGGUUGUUUAAGUUAAGAACACAAUAUAAAUAUGGCUUUUAUUGUUCCAACUUUUACUACCUACUCUCUUAUGAUUGAUAUACUUCCUCAUAUGAAAAGUUCAUUAGCUGCUACCAAUAUUUUGUCAAAAUGUUGUUACAGAUUUCGGGAUUAAUUGUGCGGUUCAGAUCGUUAGUACUUGGUUUUAUUUACAGUUCCAUGAAACAAAAAAGACUGGACUACUUUUGAAUCAACCCCUGAUGUGAGCAAAUAUCCUUGAUAACAGGCUAUAAUAAUCAAAAAGAUAUAUAAAGAGAAUAUCGAGACAGUAUUGAUGUCUCUAAUAUUCCCCCCCUGUCGUUCUCACUGCCGAUAUGUUAUAUAUUGAUGUAUAUAGAUAAUCACUUUCCCAAUUAUGGUUUUGACUAACAAUGAUGGUUGACUCAGAAUGCUUUGAGUAUUGUGUUUUAUUAAAUUUGGCAUAUCAUAUUGACAGGCGACAUCGAUCGUUGAGUUCUGAACGGGUCCUGUCCAUUCCAAUUUAAUGUGGCAAAGGAGAUAAAACUGGCUCACUAAUCCAGUGCGUCCCUCUUGUCAGUGACUGGUUUAUAACCAGUGACAUGUUCGCAGAGCAUAGGAAAAGUGUAUAAUGCUUUUGAUCUGAAUUGGUCAUCAUUGAUUUCAGUUUCAAAAGAUUCUUUUAAUUAUGUUCUCUAUUUUUCUUAUUCUUCUAUAUUUCUUUAGUCUUAGCUUCUAGAUUUAGACCAGUAGAAUUUCCUUUUCUCAAUUUUUAUUUGCCUUAUAUUUAAGAUUUUAGAGCAAAUAAUGUUUCCUAUCAAAUCUAAUGUAUAAAACAUUGGUUUAUGUAUACUGUAUAUUUGUGUGUGUAUUGCGCAGUAUUUUACCUGACAAAGUGCUUGCUAAACAUUGGAUAUACAUUAUAGAAAUUAGACCGUUUUUCACACUAGAUCCUGAUUUAUUCUGAUUUUCACAGUGUCCAAUUAUUACGAACUUUGUCUUAUACUUUGACUGCAAUAGCAAUUAUUCUUUUAUCACAGGAGUUUGUAAAUGCAGCGAUUUGAUUGGAUUUUAUUCCUGUGUAUACAGCCAAUCAUAGCCUCAGAUUAUAUAUGCAGCAAAAUUGAUUACAGUCUUUCUAUAGAGUGCUCUGAUUGGUUGUAUUAGCUAGUGUACAAUUUUAUGGUAUACAACUCCUGAUCUUUAUUGUAUUGAAGACAAUGUUUCAACAAUUUACACUGUCAUCAACAGGUGAAGGUAUAUUAUAUGAGUGUUUAAAAGGCCUGUAAUUUGAUGAUGUGUCUGAGAUAAUUUGUAAUCAAUGUUAUUUCCCUCUCUAUUUUGUAUUUUAUUUGUUAGAUAUCAUGAUAAGAACACUGUAAAUAGUCCAAUAUGAAUUAAAAUAUUCCCCAUUCU